UGACAGAGUUUGGGCAGAAGGGGUUUGCCUCACCUGCUCGAAAUCGCUUCAAGAGGAGCGCGAACAGGACGUUUUCAGCUCACGGCAAUUAAUAUGCACGUAUCGGACAGUUAACACUUCACUUUAGAUAACAGCGAUGAGCUCGAGCGCGGGCCGCGCGCCUUUCUGAGGCACAGCGCAACUCCAGAAACGCGUCCGGUUUGUUUGCUACAACUUGGCAACUCAUCACUUCGGGAUUUAACAGUGAGCGCGGAGCCCUUUCUGCUGUCGAGCUGCUUUUUUUUGUUUUGUUUUUAGGCACCAUCAUGGAACUGAAAGAGAGCCAGACGAAAGGCAAGAACGUGUUGGAUAACGCUCAAUUAAUCGCGAAGGAGUCGAUGUGAUUUCUGUUCCUCACUUGUUUUCGAUGGCGGCGAUAUAAAAUCGCAUGGGCUCUGAGCACUCCGAGGAAGAACGUCUGCUUAUUCCAAAUAAAUUCUGCGCCUUUGGGAAUAAAGCGCGUUGCGUUGAAGUUUUAGGAAUUAAACGCCGCGACCUUCCAAGCUGCGCGUAACAGAAAGAGCCGCGACGAUGGAGCACACGGGGAUAGAAGAGGUGAACCAGACGCACCAGCAGCACGAACCCAUCAGCUUUGGAAUAGAUCAGAUCCUCAACGGCUCGGACCAGCCGAGUAGUUGCAUGCUGCCGAGCAGGACCGGAGAACCGGACUACGCGCUCGCGCCGAACGUCUACGCCAACGGCUACAACAGCGUGUACAAUCCGGCCUGUUCGAUGGCGGCGGGGCUGGCGGGUUCCUACAACGUAAACAUGAACAUGAACGUGAGCAUGAAUAUGAACGUUAACGUGAACUCGGGGAACGCGGGCGGUGUCAUCCGCGUCCCGGCCCACAGACCCAUGCCACCCGCGCCUCACCCGCCGACUUCUGCCCAUCCACCGGGCAUCGCGGCGGGGAUACCCACCGUGCCCACGAUGCCCAGCAUGGGCAGCCCCGCCAGCUUCACGUUCCCCUGGAUGGAGAGCAGCAGAAGAUUCGCCAAAGAUCGGCUGACCGCUGCUCUUUCGCCCUUCUCCGUGACCCGGCGGAUCGGUCACCCGUACCAGAACCGAACCCCGCCGAAACGGAAAAAGCCCCGCACGUCGUUCUCGCGCGUGCAGAUCUGCGAGCUGGAGAAGCGCUUCCACCGGCAGAAGUACCUGGCGUCCGCGGAGCGCGCCACGCUCGCCAAGGCCCUGAAGAUGACAGACGCUCAGGUCAAGACCUGGUUUCAGAACAGAAGAACAAAAUGGAGGAGGCAGACCGCCGAGGAGAGAGAGGCCGAGCGACAGCAAGCCAACCGCCUGAUGCUGCAGCUACAACAGGAGGCCUUUCAGAAGACCCUGAGCCAGCCGCUCCAACAAGACCCUCUCUGCCUACACAACUCCUCGCUUUACGCCCUGCAGAACUUACAGCCUUGGGCGGAAGACAACAAGGUGACGUCCGUCACCUCAGUCGCAUCUGUGGUCUGACCCGCAACUCUUAUGUGUGCUAGUUUAUUGAGAAGGGAUUUUAUAGGACGCCAGUUAGAACUUAAUUUAGGCGGAUCUCUGACAUUCUCACUUGGACUCACCUCAUGAGCAUCUGUACCAAGCCAUAUGGUUUUUUUUUCUUCUGUGAGAUGGUAGAAGAGAUCUAGCCGAGGUCUAAAGCAUUCUAUUUAAUGUCGAUGUUUUUCGACAGCAUCAGCUUUGAGCCUGUGAUAAAAAAAUAAAUAAAAAUUUACUCAAAUUAGUUUUCCAGAAACAUGCAUAUUUAAGAAUUGGCAUGGAACAAAAGCAUCCUAAUUAAAGUGGAAUCAAAACAAACAUAAGCUCACAUUUUCAUUCCCACGUGAAUCUGACUGGUCAUUUGCUCGUCCCUUACGCUACGUUUUCGUUCCUCUUUCUUCAGCUACCCAUCUAAGAGAGGGAGGGGCUUUGUCCUUUCCAACCCAAAACCGCAAAGCUGUCUGAUGAAUUUCACCCAUCGAGACGGCCGUUUGUCUACGUGCCAUUUGGCAUCAAGGAGACUGACUCAACCCCAGACUCGUUCAUUCUUGUUCUUUUUAUUUGUGUUUUUUUUUUUUUUUUUUU